GUCAGCGACGAGGCUUUGUACGAGAUCGCCCGACAGAGUCAACAGAAGUUCGAGAGCGAUCAAAUGGAGAGGGUUGCCUGGUACGAGGCGGAGCAAGGACUCGAUGUGCCUUGCACGGGUGGAGGAGAGGCGGGGCGGCAGCCCCUGGAGGGAGCGUCAGGAGGGGUCGGGGGAGAUGGUGGAGGUGGAGACACGAAGGAGGGCGCGAUCGAUGUCGAUUGCGAGGCGCGUGUCCCGGGCGAGCAGGGAGUCCUGGGACACAUGGACGUGCCUGAGGUUUAUCCAGGCACUAGGGAGAGGAUGGAGGACUUUUUUAGGCGAGCAACCAAGGGACCUGUAGGGGAGGGUUCUUCCAAGAGGAAGAAAGGUGGAACAGAUCCGGCCGCCGCCCCAGCUGGGAAGAGGCUUUGCCAGCAGAAGGUCACUGACGUCUACAGUGGCGAGUGGGUUGCUCGGCACAAGAAGGCAUUCCUUCGCUGGCUCUAUUCCAGUGGGGUCCCCUUCAAUGCCUUCCGCAACCAGGCUUGGAAGGCAUACCAGCAGGUCCUUCUUGAGCAGCCUGGCAGUUCCCCGCGCGUUGUGCUCCCCAGCCACAGCGAGAUUGCGAGUAUGCAGGCGGUGGAGACCCACCGUGAGGAGCUGGCGGAAGAGUUGGAGGAGGUGAGGCAGCCAUUCUGGAUCACUGGUGCCACCCUCCUCUCCGACGGGAGGAAAUCACGAGACGGGAGACCGAUCGUGAAUUUCCUUGCCGCCAGCUCGCGAGGGGUCGUCGUCUACACGACGAUCAAUCGCGACGGCGAGCCGGACGAUGCAGUGCACGUUCUUCGGAGAUGGGCUCGCACACAGCACAUGCUGGAGCCUGCUCACUGCGCGGGGUUCUUACUGAACCCCCGCAGGCGACAUGUUGAGUACUUUUCGGGCGAGGUGAGGGAUUACCCUCGUUGGCUUGUGAGGCAAGCCAAGAGGUACAUUUUGACGCAGACGGGUUUCGAGGAGGAUGGUAUGGAGUACAUCAUUGCAUGUCGGCAGUUUGAGGACUUCCACAUGCAGCAGGGCACAUUUGGGGAUUGGGGAGGGGGGGAGGGGCGUACUCGUGGGCGUGCUUGCAGCGGUGACAGGGAGACGAUUGAGUGCGCGUCCAGGUGGUCUCAGUACGGGUCUGGCGCGCCUGAGUUGCAGCGCUGCGCUCUUCGUGUGAUCCACAUGUGGUCUUGCGCCUCUCCAGCGGAGAGGAACUGGGCAGUCCACGAGGGCAUUCACACGAAGAAGCGCAACCAGUUGGCCUUUGAGAAGGUCGUUCAGCUCGUUGAGAUCACCGCGAAUGUGCGGUUGUCGGAGUAUCGGCGGGCUGGGACAGAGAGGGAGAUGAUGGGGGGAGAGGAGGAGUUGUGGGGACCGUUCGGGGAGGUCGCUUCCACGGGCGUCACAGGAGCGCGGGCGACGAGCCCUGAUCCGACGAGGCGGGAGUCGUCCGUGCCGCCACCUUCUGCUCCGAGUCCUGCACUGCCAUCGCCCGUCUCGCCAUAUGAGCCGACCACAGCAGCAGAGGACACGGAGGAGUUGGCGUCCUCUUUGCCUCAGCGCGGACUACUCCACAGAGGCGGGGCAGUCCGACAACUGAGGUUACGAUCACCUUCUCCGGGGGUCUUGCAGGAGGAGGGGGGACCGUCGGCAGCAGCAGUGGAGGGGGAGAUAGCGGUGGAGGGGGGAUUGGUGGACACGACGAUUGCAGGUCUGGUGGACCAGAUAGCUGUAGCAGCAGCGGCUUCAUUGCUAGAGGAGCUGGCAGCUUCGGCAGGAGCGGCUGGAGGAGCAGCGGGAGGAGCAACUGGAGGAGCAGCUGCACAGGAUGGGCUUGUGGCUGCAGCAGUCGGAGCAGUUGGAGGAGCAGAUGCAGUGGAAGGGGGAGUGCUAGGAGCAAUGGGGGAGAUAGGGGCAGAGGCGGAGGUGUCGCGUGGGGGCGGCGACGAGCGCCUCAUGCAGCAGUUCCUCACGGAGCAGUACGAUCCGUCGCAGCCGGUGCCGGUGGCAGUGCAUGGUGUGCCGCCGCCCGUUAUCACGGAUUUGGGGUCUGAGCCGGUGGUUGCGCCACCGCGUCUUCCUAGUCACUUUGCUCCGCAGGAGGUCCGUCGUCCUUUGGAUGCAGACGAGUUGGCGAGAGAGGCUGUCCGCGAUGUGACUCGCUUGGACCGGUGGAUCUUUGACCAGAGGCUGCAGCAUCCAGCAUGGCAGGCGAUCCCUCCAGUUCCAUGGGGUCCUGCAUCGCCGGUGUGGUCUGGGUCUACCUCCAUCGGAGCACGUACGGGGGAAGAUGUUCCAGGGGUUUCAGGUGGCGUCGUGGAGACGGCGCCACGUACACGAGAUAUGCCACCCCCUCCUCCUAGACCACCUGUAGGUGAUCCGUCAUCAUCGCCCACAGGCAGAGGCUCUCGAUCUCCACACACGCCUGGGAGGGCUAGGAUUCGGGACACUACAGCCGAUGUGGGGGACGUGAGUGACACAGCGUUGUUCGGGAGGACACACAUAGAUUUGGAUUCCACUCGCCGUGUCACGGAGCACACUGCACGUCUACAGCCGAAUUCAGGACGCCGCGGUGGCAGGAUGACCGCAGCGAGGGAGGUGGGAGCAUCAGGUUGUGAGCCUCAGCGAGGUCGCGACAGAGGAGUGUCCGCCGAUAGCUUGGAGUACGCUCUGAGAGCAGCGACGCGUGCCGUACUUGAGCAGACUCCACGCAAGCGCAGAGUGCCUCCUCGUCCACGCCCCGUGCCCGCACAGGGAGGAGAUGCACUUGAAGAGACUUCGAGGGCAGAGGGGUUGGGGAUGCCUCGUGGAUCGCGCCGUGAGCAGACGGUUGAAGAGGCUACUGCGAGGGUUGUUGUGUUGAGGAAGGCAGGAGCCCCUGUCACCAUCGAGGAGGAUGAUCCUGAGACAGAUGUGGCAGUGCGGGAGGACGAGGACUAUGAGGGUGAGGAGGAGGGAGAGGAGGAGAGUGAGAGAGGUUCCGAUGGUGACUACGACGACGCCCAGCACGAGCCCCCACCUCUUCCACCGAUGCGUGCAGCCAGACGGCGCGCUGCUCAAACUUCUUCAUCAGCACGAGGGAGGAGGAGUUCGACAUCCGGCACGCGAAGGGGUACGAGGAGACAGAGCGGGAAGGGGAAGAAGUGUCAUUGACUGAUGAGUCCAACACUCCU